CCAGAUAAAUAUUUUCGCAGCCUCGUUUGCUUGCUUUUUGGAUCAUCAGCUCAGUUAGCUGAUAGACUUCGUUGAGCGAGCAACACGUUUUCAUUUGUCCCACACUGCAAGCCCUUUUCACGGUUUUGCCGCCUUUUCUGCGUCUGCCCAGAUGAAGAAACCGUUGCACCAAUGGUGGCGACCGCCGACUUCUUACUAAUAGUCUUAAUCGUAAAUCUGACUUUUGUGUUUCCCCACGUGCUUUCCGAGAAGCAGUUUGAGGAUGAAAUAGUGGCCGUGGAGAUGCGCGUUGGCUCGACGGCAAUGCUGCGCUGCAAAUCCCCCAAAUCCCCAAAAGUGCACAAUCCCGUGCACUGGACUAAGAACGGCAGGCGUCUAUCAUGCAGAAAAGGCGGUUGUCGACCCACUCUGAAAAUCACAGAACUCUCCCUGGAGGAUGGGGGGCUGUACGAAUGCUGGAAGCCUCAGGGCUUAUCCCCUAAGCUCACGUACGAUCUACGAGUAUUAGAUGCUGAGAGCUGGAAAUCAACAACGAGUGCGGCACCAGCACUUGCGAACGGGCCGCCCGAAAUCGAGGGUCCGGGCAAUAUGAGCGUUCCGCUGGGGUCGGCAGUUGCCCUCCGCUGCAGCGUCGUCAGCUCGCUGCCGCCCAACAUCCAGUGGCUGCGUCUGCUGCCGGAUCCGCUGCCCGAGGGAGAGAGGCCGCGCAGGGUGCUCGAGUACGAAGGCUCCAUGUACGAGGUGCUCAGGCAUAGUGGCAUCGCACCCCUUUCCAAUAACACGUGGAUCACGAAACUGGUGCUGGCAAAACUUGAUAUUGAAGAUUCGGGAUACUAUGUGUGCGUCGCAACCAAUAAUCAUGGAUUCCAAUUUCAAGGCGGUUUUGUUACUGUUGCCGAAUACUCUCCAUCAAGAGGAGUUGAAGGCAGUCACUCAGAGAUUUUAUUUAUCGAGGUUGUCCUUAUUGCCACUGUCUUCAUGCUGUUCGCAACGAUUGGCCUGGCAUUGGCUUAUUUGGCGCACUGGAAUCGACAGCAGCGCACUGAAGUACCUGACAGUUUGUUGUAGACAAAGAUUGAAAAAUUAGCUUUGACCCCUCCGUAAAAAGUACCAUCAAUAGAGUUUUCCAUUGUUCUAAAUCAAGUAUUAAAAAAUUUGAAAUAAUGCAGUUAAAAAAUUUUAUCCGUUGAAACGCGGAAAAAUUGAUCUCACUUUUCACCAAGGCAAGCUGAAUUGUUCAGUUAUUACACCAGUGUGCAUAGUCUUUCUUGAAAAAAUUUAAAAUAUGAAUAUAUUUUGAAUCUCUCAUUGUAAAAUAAUAAAAAGCGGUUGGCUCGAAUUGU